CUCACUCUCUCUCUCUCUCUCUCUACAAAGGUCUUCCCCAGUCUUCCUUCGCGUCCAAUCAACGCCAUUUGCAUUAAGCCUUUGGGUGUCUGGCUGUCGCUAGGGGGCGAUCGGAGGACGACCGACCCAUGGACAAGAGCCGGCUGCAGCAGCUCUGCCAGCAGCGGCAAUGGCCGUUGCCGGAGUACGCUAUCUCCCGGGAGGGCCGCGACCACGACCCCCACUUCCGUGCCACGGUCACCGUCAACGGCGUCGCAUUUCACUCCUCUGACGACUCCCGAACCAUCAAGGAAGCCCAGAACAAGGCCGCCCAGGUUGCCCUCGAGCAACUCCCCGAAACGGCGCCCCCGCCUCCCACCCCUUCCGCGUCCCUUCCUCCGGCCCUCGAGAAGCAACUUUCACAUAAGAGCCAUCUUCAAUCUUAUCUGCAAAAGAAUAAUAAAGGCCUACCAACAUAUCAGUCUGUUCCUGAUGGUACUCCUAGUCGUCGUUUUAAGGCUACUGUUAAAUUUGAUGGGGAAACAUUUGAGAGUGCAGGAUAUUUUCGCACAGUUAAGGAAGCUGAACAAUCUGCUGCAAAAAUUGCGUUGAUGUCUUUGUGUGUGGCAGGAAAUCAACAGGAUUAUUCUGGUGUUUACAAGAUGCUUUUGCAGGAGUUGGCACAGAAAAGAGGGUUGUCCUUGCCGAAGUACACCACAACCAACUAUGGUGAAAGCCAUAUGCCUACUUUUUCCUCUAAAGUAGAGAUCAAAGGUGAACUUUUUCAAGGAGAUGUAGCGAAAACCAAGAAACAGGCAGAGAAUAAUGCUGCAAAGGUUGCUUUGUCUCAACUUGAAGAAUGCAGAGCAAACAGAUUUUCAUCCGAUCUUGUCUCAAAAUGGCAAGUGAACAUUGAAUCUGAACCGCCUACUUCAAGUGUGAAGCCAAUAGUUAACAUGAACUCUCCGAAGCCAAGUUCUCUCUUGAUACCAGCAUCACAAAUCGAUGCCAAAACGACGGUUGACAUUAUUGCAGUAGAUCAUGGGGCGACUGCUUCUAUAUCAAAUGCAACUCCAGUGAGUGGUCAGAUAACUAAUUCAACUGAUGAAGUCACGGGCAUUGAUGGUUCCUACCAUCAUUUAACUUUCUCUACAGAUGAGCCUGAGAUUACAGCCAAGAAAAAGGACACUGUCGCCGCCGUUCAGGAUCCAGAAUCUGCAGAUGUUACGAAGAACGGAGAAACUCUGCGAGGUGCCGUGUCUGGAGGUGGGAGCUCCGCUCUUUCCUCAAAUUAUAAUUUCCAUAAAUUCCAUCCCACAACCACGAGCGGCAAACUUCCUACAGGCAGUACUUCAUCAUUGUUGCGUAAUAGAGUGCAGGUCUAUCCGCGCAAAUCUGACUUGGUUUUGCCUGAAGGUGCAGUUCCUUUACCUUGUAGUGAUGAUAGCUGGGUGGCUGUCAGCUUAGAUUUCUGAAAUUAUGAAGGCAAUUGCAAUCCACGAGGAUCUUGUCAUGUUUUAAUGUCAGACAAUGUUCUCAAACAGAGCUUUUCUUGCUCUUAAAUCUGUCUGCAGAUGGUUUUCCAGUGUAAUCAUAUUUGCAUGAUGAACUAUUAUGAAUC